AUGUAUUUGUUUUCCUGCACUCAGACAUGGGAAUUGACCCAAUCUUACCCUUUAUUGAUUGUUCUCAUCAUAUCCGAAUUACUUAAGCAUGAGGAAAUAUUUAACAUGAUAUCGGAAAACGAGAUGAAAUAUUUCCUUCGUUCUUUAAAUCUAUGCAAAUCAAGUGUAGUGAUAAUAGAACAACACACUACUAAUAAUAAUUCUCGAAUCAAUACAUCCGCGAAUGACAUAGAUAUAAUUUUAUACCGCAUACUGGCUAGUGAUGUAAUAAACAGGCACGAGAAUAAAUAUGAAUAA